AGAGUCCACCGUGUAGCUGGACUGAACCGGUAGAGGCGCCAGGGGCCAAACCGAGAAGCCGGUGAGCGAAAGAACCAACAAUCUACCGGAUAAAACGUUGAUGAUUGUUUGUCACGCUCCUGCGAACACGAGACACUUUCUUCUAAACAUUUAAACUUGUUGAAGUUGAAGGAUCCUGUCUACAGCUUGUGGCUGUUAGCUCCGGUGUUUGGGAGAAAGGAGCAACAAAGCCAGUGACUGCUGCAGAGGUUUAAACUCUCUGAGCAGAUCUUUGCAUGUGUGUGACCAUGGGGGACAUCAGUGACCUGGACAGACAGAUAGAGCAGCUCAGACGCUGUGAGCUCAUCAAGGAAAAUGAAGUCAAAGCACUGUGUGCCAAAGCCAGAGAAAUUUUGGUUGAAGAAAGCAAUGUCCAGAGAGUAGACUCUCCUGUCACAGUGUGUGGUGAUAUACACGGUCAGUUCUAUGACCUGAAAGAGCUCUUCAGGGUGGGCGGAGAUGUUCCAGAGACAAAUUACCUCUUUAUGGGAGACUUUGUGGACCGAGGCUUCUACAGCGUGGAGACGUUUCUGCUGCUGUUGGCUCUUAAGGUCCGUUAUCCAGACAGAAUAACUUUGAUCCGAGGAAAUCACGAGUCUCGACAAAUCACUCAGGUUUACGGCUUCUACGAUGAAUGUCUGCGCAAGUACGGCUCCGUCACAGUGUGGAGAUACUGCACGGAGAUAUUCGACUACCUGUCCCUGUCUGCUAUUAUCGAUGGCAAGAUCUUCUGCGUGCACGGUGGUUUGUCUCCGUCCAUCCAGACGUUGGACCAGAUCAGGACCAUUGACAGAAAACAAGAAGUGCCCCACGAUGGACCCAUGUGUGACCUUUUGUGGUCCGACCCAGAAGACACCACGGGGUGGGGCGUGAGUCCCAGAGGUGCAGGCUACUUGUUUGGGAGCGACGUGGUGGCGCAGUUCAACGCCGCCAACGACAUCCACAUGAUCUGUCGAGCGCACCAGCUGGUGAUGGAGGGCUACAAGUGGCACUUCAACGAGACGGUUCUCACCGUGUGGUCAGCCCCCAACUACUGCUACAGGUGUGGUAAUGUGGCGGCCAUCUUGGAGCUGGAUGAGCAUCUACAGCGGGAGUUCAUCAUAUUCGAAGCAGCCCCCCAAGAGACCAGAGGCAUCCCCUCCAAGAAGCCAGUAGCUGACUACUUCCUGUAACGCCUCUGAGCAGGCAGCCAUGACGUGUCUCCACCGUUGACCCCCCCCGUUCUGCUGCAGCUCAGUUCUGGUAGCAGAUCCACCUGACCUUGUGAAGCUCUCACGCAGCUCCGUUUGAAGAGCUGGAUUUUUGCCUGACUGCCCGAGCCUGACGGAGCAGUUGGUGUGAAAGGGUGCGGCUGAUCCCGGGCCCACGACUGUUCGUCUUCAUCUUCCAUUUCUCUGUACAUAGAACAUUCUCCUGUCCACCACGUUGCUCUCACCGUUUGUUUUUUAUCACUAAAUGUUUUUUAGGUUUAGAGCUGCUUGGAUAAAGUUCAUUUUCAAAAAUAUACAGGAUUUUUACAAUUUUAUCAUUUAAGGACUUCCCUCCGUGCACACGUUGUCUUUGAGUUGUGUAGUCGUUGCUGCCAGGAGUGACACCCCCGCUCUUAACGGUCACAAACAGCGGAGAGAAACUGUUCUCCAGGAGACUGCGCUUCACUCUGUUCUUCAUUCUUUUAAAUCUAAACAACUACUUCUGUCACUUUUGAUAUUGUGAGAAUAAAGUUU